UAUGUCAGAUAGUGCGGACUCAGAUGUGCAGCAGAACAAGCGAACCAAGAGACAGAAAUCAAGGGGACCCAUAUAUACCAAAGAGGAGAAUGCUGCAUUGGUUGCUGCAGUAUCAAAAGAAAAAGUGACACUCUUCUGCCAAUCCGUGCCAGCAUCUGAGAAGUCAGCAGCCUGGGAACGAGUCCGGGACUCCGUGAAUGCGGUCUCCAAGUUUCACAGGCCCACCAAUGGCGUCAGACACAGGUUCUAUGAUUGUCGGGCAACGGUUACAAAGAAGAUGCAGAGGCUUCGACUAGGACAAAACCGAGGAAAGCCUAUCAAGUUGCGAGAGUGGGAGGCGGAGCUAAGAGAUGUCCUUCUGGCAGAGGAUGUCCCUGGAUUCAGCAGCAGGGGUCAAAAUCAUAGAGCUGGUGAUCAAGAAACAUCAUCCUUGGAAGGAUCAGCUCCAACUCCAAGUACAUCCUAUCAACAACAUUCUGGUGAAAGCUGCAUUCAAGACCCUCCAGCAUCGGCUUCUGGCAGGACCAUUGCUCCUCCUCAGGAUCAGCAAUACCACCCUGAGAGGAGAGUACAGUGCAGCCCGCACUCUCCUGUUCUUCUUUUGGAGAGGCUGGAGAUUCAGCCAGAGAUUACCCCUAUCAUUCCCCAGACUCCUGAUUUCUCCCCCGGCCCAGAGGAGGAGCACAGAGGACAAGGUUCAUUCAUUCAGCCACCCCAUGCCCUGAUGCCACCUACUGCUGUACCGCCUUUCCCAACUGUGCAGGAGAUCAUUCUGAGGGAGCUUAUAGAAUUAAGGUGUGACAACCGAAAACUACAACGAAAGGUCAAAAGGCUUACCCGGCUUACCCAUCAGUUGAGCAGGCAGCAAACUGAGAGUUUUGAAAUAAUUUUGGCCCGGGCAAGCCAACAACACAAUUAGGCAUUGGACAGAGUAUAUUUUGUUUACUUGAAGAUAUUUCCAGACACAUUGCUCCAAUGCCUGGGAGCUACGAUGAACAUAUAACCAACAAAGACGUUUUGAAAAAUGAAGGCUAGACCUUCCUCUGCCCAUCUCAUCGCAAAUUAUUAUGCAGAAUCGAUCUUUUUACUGUUCCUUGAUUUUGGUAGAAACGUUUUCUUAUGCUGCCAAGUUACACCUACCCAGCAUGUGUGUUUGUAAUUUCUAUGAAAAUAUUUUUUUUUUUGUGAAUAUAAAACUAUUUUUGGUCUAA